GCGCCAAUUCAAUCCCUAAUAAAAAAACUUACUCUCCCCAUUUCAAUCCAAACCCUAACCAAUAAUCCUUCACAUCAAUGGCUGAUUUCGAACCACCUUCAUUCUCACUAGGCUUUGAUUUCGAUCAAACCGAAGAAACCAAACCUCCGUCCGCCACGAAUCACUUCGAGGACACCGAUGAAGAUUUUGAAACCUUAACUGUCCUUGACUCAGACUCUCAAGGUCAGGAUUCAGUUCCGAAGCUGAAGCGCCUCAGGCGAGGAUCCUCGGUCCAGGAAAGAGUGCCUUUGGAUUCGGUUGAGAGGAAGGGGGGUUUGGAUUGCUCUGUGGUUGUUGAUGACGACGAUAUCGAUGAGUUUUCGUCGCAAGAAGAUGAACAUCUCUCAACACACCGCCCUUCAGUCCUCAACAGUUCAAAGUUUCCACUUAACGCACAUGGGAUUUUAACCAAACAACUAGGAAAACGAAAGCAGAAUGUCUUCAACGACCCAGAGUCCGUAAUCACAAGCUGCAAUAAACCACCAUUUCCAAACUCAACUUCCAGUCCUCUCAGAAGAUUCCAGUUGCUUGAUUCUGACUCUGAUUUUGACGACCCGUUUAUCAGUGAAAACGCCACUAGUAAAACUUUCGACGUAUCAGACGAGCCGAUAAAGCUAAACGAGUCAGUACGUUCAACAAGGAAAGAUCUAUGGGAAGAUUUCCCGUUAGAUAAGAGUUUUAAUAUCCCAACACCUGCAUUAGAUUCGUUCUGCGACGAAUAUUUCAGUUCCAUGAAAGAUAAAAGUAAGGUUCGGAGUAAUGUCCGAGAGAAUAAUCAAAGUGUUUGUGUUACAAGUAGUGUAAUAGAUUUGGGUGACCCUCGCCCCCCUGCGCAUCAGUAUUUCUUCCAUAUUGAUCCAAGGGUCCAAGAUUUAGUUCGCGCUCGCCUGCCGAAUUUUUACCCAUUAAAUGCAGCAAAUCAAGAUUCCAAGCAGCCCAGCACGUCAAAUAUCGAUUACAUGGGUCAAUUUUGUGGUGGUGAAACGUCUAAACAAGCUGCUAGAACUAAUAACGCGGAAACAAGCUCAAGGAAAAAUUCAAGAAAAUCAAAAGCCGAAGAAACUUCACAAGGUUUCGUGAAUCAGAAGCGUGGUGCUCGGAAAGAGAUCCCGAAAGAUGCCGGAAAAAGGAGGGUUCAAGCAGACGGUCAAGCUGCUGGUAUUGGUACGGGUACAGGUGUUGGUGUUGGUGCUGGUGCGGGGCAUUGGUUCACAAACCAAGAAGGGAAGAGAGUUUAUGUUAGUAAAAACGGGCAAGAGUUGACCGGUCGAGCCGCUUACAUGCUUUAUAAAAAGGAGACCGGAGGAGGAUUUAAAAAUAAGAAAGCAAAGAGAAGUUCUACCAAGAAGAAAUGAGUGUUGAAUGUGUAUAUAUUCCAUGUGAUUUUGGUUUGUGGAAUUGUUCAAAUUUCUGAAGCUGCUCAACACCGGAAAAAAGGUUUCAAUAUUCAAGGAGUAGUUAGAAGAAAUUUGAAGUUUGUUAAGUAGUUUUAGAAGAAAUAAAAACAUCUUGGAACUGUGCUAAGUAGUUUUAGAAGAUUUUUUGAAGUUUGUUAAGGGCACAUACAGUACAUAUUGGAAAUCAUGUUUUAA